AUGGCAGAAGCUGUCAUAAGACACUGGGUGGAAACUCCCGUGCGCUAUCAAGAGCAGUUUGCUGUCCAAGAGCCGGAAGCGCGCAAACUGGACCACUCUUUAUACGCCUUGCCGGGCCCUUCUACAGCUGCAAUAGGCAACGGAAGGUGUAUCACGGAAAGUACAGCUGGGGAGGAGGAAAAGACAAGCUUUCAGGUCUUGCUGGACGUUGUGCAGUUCCGCCCCGAAGAUAUCAUUAUUCAGACUUUCGAAGGCUGGCUCCUGAUCAAAGCUCAACACGGACCCAGGAUGGACGAACACGGUUUCAUAUCCAGAAGCUUUACCAGACAAUACAAACUACCUAAUGGAGUGGAGAACAAAGACUUGUCUGCGCUUUUCUGCCACGAUGGCAUUUUGGUUGUUGAAAUGAAGAACUCAGUGGCAAAGAAUUAG